AUGGAGGCGAAGGGCUGCCGGCGGCUGGACGCGGCGCUGGCCCGGCAGCUGCUCUCCCAGACGGAGGCGGUCCUCUUCGACUGCGACGGCGUGCUGUGGCGGGGCGAGGCGGCGUUGCCCGGCGCGGCCGAGACGCUGCACCUGUUGGAAGCGGGCGGGGCGAAGCGGCUCUGCUACGUCACCAACAACUCCUCGCGGACGCGCCAGGCCUACACCGAGAAGCUGCGGCGCCUGGGCUUCCCGCCCGCCGAGCCCGGCCAGGUCUUCGGCUCCGCCUACUGCGCCGCGCGCCACCUCAGCCGCGCGCUCCCGCCGGGCGGCGCCGCCUACGUGCUGGGCGGGCCGGCGCUGAGCGCGGAGCUGGAGGCGCUGGGCGUGGCCCACCUGGGCGUCGGCCCCGCCCCCGAGCCCGGCUCCGCCCACUUCGGCGCGCGCGUCCCGCUGGACCCCGCCGUGCGCGCCGUGCUGGUGGGCUACGACGAGCACUUCGCCUACGGCAAGCUCUGCCUGGCCAUGCGCUACCUGCUGCGGGGCGACGGCGACGGGCAAGGCUGCCUGCUGGUGGGCACCAACCGCGACAACCGGCUUCCGCUCGAGGGCGGCAGCGCCGUGCCCGGGACGGGCUGCCUCGUCAAGGCAGUGGAGAUAGCUGCAGAGCGGGAAGCCUUCAUCGUGGGCAAGCCCAGCCGCUUCAUGUUUGAGUGUGUGGCCAGCGAGUUUAAGAUUAACCCUGCGCGCACAAUCAUGGUUGGUGACCGCCUGGACACAGACAUCCUCAUGGGCAACACCUGCGGCCUGACCACCCUCCUCACUCUCACUGGGGUCACGACACUGGAUGAGGUUAAGGGCCACCUCUACAGCGGCUGUCCUGAGCGCAGAAGCCUGGUCCCUGAUUACUACGUCGAUAGCAUAGCGGACCUCCUCCCUGCUCUCACCAAUUAAGGAAGGGAGAUGUUCCAGCUCUGCAGAGGUCUUUCUUCAGCCCAAGCCACCCGCAGUCUCUUCAGGCUGGUAGUAUCUUCUCAGUUAGUGCGGUGCACACAAUUGCUGCUUGCAAAAGUAAGAUGAUUUUCGUGCGCAACAUUCAAAUUGAGUUCUCUGUUUACAAAUUCCUGUUUAAAAAUGCACUUUGAAAGAAAGAGGGAAGUGUGUGUGUGUGUGUCUUAUCAGCUUUCAGACACAUCAAGCUGUGUCUGGCUGGUGUUCAGGUAUCAGGGCGGAGGCCUGCUCGUCUGAGCUGGAGGACUGAGCAGGCCUCUGUUUAAACCUUGCACUGUGGUGUUUUGCAAUGCAAUCUUUGGAAAUUCAGGGAAUUGAGCAGUUUUAAGGGCAGCUGCUCUGGUAUCUGAGACUUGAUGUCAAGGUUGGUUUUUAUGAUUACUUGGGCUCUGGUUCAGCUAUUUCAGGGGAAUGGAAAUCAUUGUGUAUCUAUUCGUAAUGUUUUUGCUCCUGCCCAGUGGCAUUUGCACUGCUUUAUAUGCAAAACAAGAAUUACACCAUCAUGCUUCAUAUGUUUCUUUAGAAAUUCUGAUUACGGUACCUAUUCUAAAAACACGUUUCAGUUUGGUUUGUUGGUCAAGAAGCAUGUAACAAAAGUCCAUCCUUCAGAUCACCAGCGAAUUAUAUUUGAAUUACUUGAUUGUCAGGAUAGAAUGCUGAGUUCAUUUGUCAGUCCGUGAUAGUGGGAAUUCUUCAUGGCAACAGUGAAUUUACUAGCAUUUUGUUCUUCAGUAUCAUAAAUAGAUGCAGGUUUUUGUUUUUCCUAAAGCCAUUUUGAAAUCAGUGUUGAUGAAGCCACUAUAUUAACAUAUUUAGUGCUUCCUAUUGAAAUCAUCUGGGUUGAUGAUAGGACACAAGAAAAAUCGUUUGCAGAUCUAUCUUGACACUUGCUGAAAACAGGUGUAUGAACCAUUUUUGCCUUGUUGGUCUGCAGUAAACAUGAUUGCACUUUUCAGGUGCUCAGGUAGUUUUCUUCUUGCAGAAUCAGUUGCCAGAUUGUCACCUUAAAAUUGGGAACCAAGGAAAGAUACUUCUUUUUUUGCUUCAAAUGUAUUUCAGUUAUUUUGCGUAGGCAGCAUUUUCAAUAUUGAAGGUGCUUGAAAUUUCUCACUUUUUCAUACAGCAAUAAUUGCAUUAUCUAUAGCGGAAGACAUUCUGCAGUUAUAAAUUAUGUUAAUCUCUCCAUCUCUUCUGACGUGCUAAAAGAUAGAUUAUUAACGUCUUAAAAUAAUUUUUCUCUUUUUUUCUUUUAAGUUUGUCAGCUUUUCAUUUGCAAGUCUAAAAGAUUGUUCUCUUGAUUAUGUAAACUCUGUGAACCAAUUUUUUAAAAAAACAUCCGGAUCUCUUGGGAGGGCUUGUUCUGAGAGAGUUCCAGGGAGAUUCAGGGCCUUGUCAAAUCUACAUUAAAUGCUUAGAUGGUCAGAGCAGUUGCUCAAACAAGCUGGCCACAAAGUGGAACCGUCCAUCUGCUUUCAUUACAUCUUUUCUUAACAAAGCUGCGCUGUCAAAUUCUUAAGCGGGCACUGUAAAACUGUUACCUAACUUCAAUCCAGACGUUGAGUCAUAUUAAACGUAACUCUUGCUUCCUU